AUGGCUAUAUCACCGAUACUUAUUUUUCAAUAUGUCAAGGCUAAAUGUCGAAAAGUUUUUUCAAAAGGCACUGUUUCUGAUGUUUCAGAGGCAAUUUCUAGCUCCUUUCCUACGUUUGAGGUUGCUCAAUCCAAAGAGGGGACUCGCCUUGUAUUUGAUUACGAUCCAAGAAGGUUCACGUCAUCAUCAAUCGUUGCAAUGCUACUGCCAAACAGCAGAGAGAAGAGACUGGCCGUUUAUAUUUCCCUGGCUUUGAUUUUCAUUUUCAUAGCGUUUUUGCUACAUUUUACCCUGAUCGUCGUGGGGUUGGGGUUGGCCUACAAGUCAUAUGUCUUUUCGUUUCAUCCACAGCUUCUCAACAUUACGUAUUUGGAUUCUUUAUCAAUGCCUGUGCAUUUCGAGGCCCAUGCCAUUUCCGUGUCAUUUGUGGACAUUUUGUUCAAAAAGUUUACCGUUGACGUUUUUGCAGCGAACGAUACGGACCUCGAAUAUCCUAUCCUUUCGCAUACGCUGAAUAACCUUUGUUUUUAUGGAAGCAGGAAAAAGAACCACAUAGUAUGCGAUAUAGGCGUCAAUUUAACGGACCGCUUUCCGUUUAUCGAUUUUUCUAAAAACUACGAGUUUCUUGUCAGGUACUCUUUCCAAUGGGAUCUGAGCUGCGCCUGGAUUCCAUCUUCCAUAUCUCAUUUUAUUUUGACCAAAGAAACCCUCUAUGCUCCUGCGGAAAUUUUUACCAUUGAGCAUGGUUCGGCUGGUGAUGUCAUUCUGGUUGCCAAGGACCCGCCGCCAGAAGUUGAAAACGAGUCUUCCGGAGAUUGGGAGUUUGAUACGGCCUCAUAUUCGUUGAUUUUUAUAGCCAACAGGCUUUCAUAUGACGCCCAAUAUGGGAUUUUUACUCUAGACACAUUCACCGUUUAUGCAGAGCAAUCUUCCAUCAUUUUGGAUAUCCAACUACUAUACAAGCACAAUCUCGAAUAUCUUGCUGUCUCUUUUCCAGAGAGCAAGUUUGUAAUCUCCGUCAAAAGCGGCGAAGAACAUAUUGAUGACCAGUUAAUUGGAUAUGGCAAAAUUGAUCCCAUUAACAUCAACCCUAAUGAUCGUCCAUCUCGAGUUCGAUUUACCAUCGAGGUACCUUUUGAACAUAAUGGUAAACGUGUCAAUGGUACCUUCGAAUUAGGCAAUGGCUCAUCCAACUCAUCAACCAUUCCUGGCCUUAGUAUGGAGGAGUUUGAACGGUUUUUAUAUUCAACAAAAGUUAACCAGCACCCGUCUUGGAAUAGCGGUAAUAUUACAGAUGUGAAGCCAUUGAAGGAAAUCACAGGGACUCCCGGAAAAAUUCAAAACAUCCUAAGGAACUAUCUGACCAGAAAGUCCCCAAUUCUUUUAAAUCUUCUUUUUAAGGAUGUGGGGGAUAACAUCUUUGAGAAAUGGGUUAACAACCAGGGAGGUGUUCGUAUAAAGCUCAAAGGAAGCUCGUCGACGAGCCCCCACUUCCAGUUUUAUAUUUCUCUGAUUGUGGUUUUUGGACAUAUCUUUGAUUUAUAUAUUGAUGCCAGCCAUUUUAUUCUAUUCCUUAAGCACAUCCUUCGGGUAUAA